ACCUGCAGAUUUGCGGGGUAAAUUUGAGAGAUAUUAAAGAAUGGCCUCAACCUGACACCAUGGAAUUUCUUCGGGCUGCUAGACGAUAAGGUGAAAUGGAAACGUAUUGUCGAAAAAUGCCGUGCUGCCUCCACGGCCCUCUUGUUGAAGGACAUGACGAUGAUGAUGCUGAUGAUGAUGAUGAUGAUGUUGGAAUCAAAGAUUCCAGCUGCGAUCUUCGCUCAAGACUCAUUCUAGAAUGUAAACCCAGUCUGCAAUGUUGUUAUUUUCCUCAAAUGAUCAUCUUCCCAGCGAACAAUAUUGGGAGUGCUCAUUUGAAUUUUUUUAGCUCAUGAUAUACGAGGCGUGUCCCCCUCUGGGAGCGGGACACUAUGGCAUAGGUGCACCUGGUAGGUUUUGGUCUGGUUUGUACAUGUCCAGUGGAAGGUUCUGGCACCAUUUCCCCCUUUGCUCUUUGGACUCCCUGGAUAACACACUGCAAGAGCUGUUUAUAGAGCGAGCCUGCAACAUGAGUGUCUCAACUGUUGGAACCAAAAUGGUGCAUUGAUUAUGCGUCGGUACACGUGGACAAUUGGUUCCCAGUAGCUGAGUGCAGUCCUGUACGCACAAUGAACGGCCAUUUUGGUUCCAAAGCCUGAAGUUGACGCUUCUCUAUUAUACCUCUCUAGCUCUGCUGGUAACUAUGGGAUAAAUUCAGCGCUCGCCGUCUAGUUUGAGUCCAAGCUGAGAAAUCCAAACAACAGCGACACCAGUUUGCGUUUGUUAAACUGCACUAUGGCCACAAGACUAUAAUGAGAGUCUACACUUCAGCGAAGGUAAUUAAACAAAUUGAGACGAAAUUUGUGUGUACACAUGCACUUGUGUUGAGCAACAACACUUCGCACACGUGUGAUUGGAUAGCGCCAUCUACGGGUCAAAAUUUGGCCUGGAUUCAGAGCCUUGCAUCCAUUUCGUUAUCCUCAAUCGACAGACUGAGAGUCUGCCGCCCCCAAUGUAUCAUCUCUGAAAUCCAUAAUGCUCACCAUCCACCGUUGGUACGGCGUUCCAUUUUUACAUACACCAAAUAAAUUCGCAUUCGUAGUCAUGACAAACCCUCGUUUCACUGUAAGAGUAACGCCUUACAAUCAGAGACCAAGGAAGUUAUUUCUUGACAAGGCGGCAAAACAAACCAACGGAGCUAACGGACUUUGGCCGUGUAGCCGUAUAUCGGGAGCAACGCGACUGUUCUUGGUUGCCAAGUGCCAGGCAUGUCAGGAAAGCGCACACACGCCAAGAAAUCACGAAAAUCAAACACAGUUAAUUUGGUCGGCUUUUACGAAAUCGCUAGUACAUACUGCCAUUGACAAGCAGAGCUGCAUUUCAAGUUCUCUCUGAAUUUCAAAGAUUUAGUAAUUGAAACAAUAACCUUAUCACCCAGAUCCACCUCAAUAGGAAUGUCCAUUAUAGUUUCAUCCAAGAAAAAGAAAACACUAAGAAAUGUUAUUCUCAGUUCUACAGUCAUUUUUUUGCUAUCAUCAAUCAAUGUGCCGUUUCCAUGGUGAGUGUAUUUGUUCUGAAAGAGACGAUAAACGGAACACGUUUGCUUGCACACUUGUGUCACGUUAUUUUGUAAUUGACAAGGGGGUAAUUCACUUUUGGUAGAAAAAAAUGAAAAUAAAAAACACAUGUAUUAUUGCGCUCACACAAGAACCUCACACAGCAAUCGCUAUGCACACACAGGUUAUGAUUUUACUGUCGAUGAGCUUUCAUCAAGUCAAAGCAGUUGAAUGGACAGGCAGAUUUUAACAGACUGCUCAGUGGCAAGCAAUAUGAUUGCCCUUUUAUACUUAUCGCCCGAAAAUCCCGAUUUCUAAUAUAAAUUGAACAUAAACGGGCCAUGAAACAACAAUGAAAAUCAAAAUUAAGUUUUUGGCAUACUGGAUUUGCUGGUAAGAAAGCAUACAACACAUACACCAAGUUAGUUAAGCGAGCAGAAAAAAAAUCCUGCCCAAUCACCCCUGUUCAGGACUGCAUAAUUUGUCACUGUUUUUAUACCGGUAGUCUUUGCUUUUUCCGGGGCAGUAUCUACCUUGAGGCAAAACCGCCCCAUUAUCAGUUGAAAAGAGCCACGUUGGUCGCGAGUGUACAUUUUGUUGUUGGCGACACGACCGUAACGUGUGCAUUUCAUAAUCGUUUGUGAACCGGCGAAGUAGAGUUCCUCACAGAGGAGCCUCCGCUGCUAGGAAAAUUGCGCCCUCUCUUGGUCCAGCUCGGGGCUCAUACUUCCGACCAAAAUGGACGAAGUUGUCUGUCCCUGUAUCACCUAAUGAUCUCUAUCGACCAUAGAAGGUACUUUACUGGCUUAAAAGUCACCCGACAAAAUGCUUUGAAACAAUUUUUGUAAACAGAGCUGAAUGAACUGCAUCGAUUUCUGUAAGCAUUACUACAUUAUUCCACGUCAAACCUUGCACUGAAGCCUUGCCAUGUACGACUAAAAAUAACUCCUUAUUAAUAAAAGGACAGAAGCAAAAACGACAAACAAAACCAAAGCGACAAAACAAACAGGAACUUCGACUAGCAUGUUUUCAUGUAGUAAGUUGUGUACAUACAAACCGUUCAGAGGAAAAUCGCCGCACAGAUUAAUCAACCAUUCAUCAUUUACGUGAGCGAACUACUCAUAAAUCUCUUCUUUUACGCGGCACUUUAUUCAAAUGCCAUUCUGACUCUUGAGCAGUGAUUGCUCCUCACCUCAUUAGCCAGUCGCCCGUUGUAUGAUGCGCACGUCCGUCCGAUUGUUUUUGCCCAGAGCGCUAGCAGUCCAUUAGCCAGACAUUGCAUCCCGCCAAAUCCCGCUCAUCCUUAUUAUGUUAAUUGGUGAGCGCGGAGGACCGUCGCCACAGCAACCGAGCGAAAGUAUCUCCCGUUUACAGUCAGAGAGAUUUUUCUUUCUUUUUAUAUUCUUUCUACCCCCCCCCCAGGAGGGUCCCAGUCAGUUGCGCAUCCUAUCUGGCGCACGAUGCCUUCGGUCUGACGGACCGCGUACUGUGAUAUCACGGACCGGCAAGUUGUCGUCAUUCGUGGCUCGUGGAGGUUUCAUAUCAAAAGGCAAUAUUGAACACAUGAAGCAUCCGAGCGGAUUCUCUACAAGCACACAGAAAACUUGCAAAGUAGUUUUAUGUCCAUAGUAUCAUACUACAAACCUUGGCUUAACCAACAAGUACAACUCUCCUGUAUACAGCAAUUUUAAGUUCUCACUGCUAUCCCGACGACGAUGAUUUGAGUAAACGGUUUGCAGAUGGCCACAACCGGUAUACUAAAAAUUGUUCGGCACGAUCUGACGCACGCGCACGACAGCCGACCGUAUACAGGAUGCUGACAUUUUGGAGGUAACAGGAGAAGAAAACUGAACAAAUUAACAAGUAAUGCCCUUACAAUGGAUACAAAAUGUGCCUCUUCGGGAGUUGCAAACUCUUUUCUUCGUGAUGCGAGGGUGACAUUUGUGGUCAUAUUUGUGAGAGACGAACGUCUGGAAGCACAUUUCAUUUGAAUCGCUGCAAAUCAUCCAGUGGCAAACACCGAAACGAUUUGCCAAUGACGUGUUGUCUUUCGUAUAACUUUAAUAACCACACAAAAAAUAUCUUCCACUUAUUGAACGAAUGACAGUGAAAAAAUGAUUUGAAAUUCGAGUCAGAUUCCCUCCUGAUAUCAUUAAUUUGACGAUAAGUCUUAACAAAAUGGAUAAAUUGAUAAGGAAACAUAAGUUAGGCUCCGCGGCCGCUGAGACCCUGGUAACAAAUGAAGACCCAGUGGACCCUGCAUCGGUACCUCUCCCACCAGACGACGAUGAACUUGACGCGGCUGAGCAGGGUCAGGCUCCAGCCACGGGCUCCCAGUCCCGGCAGAGCAAUCAAUCACGGCGUAGUGUCCUGUCCCACCACGGCCGCAAAUCCAACCCUAACCACAAGGCGCAGCACCUAGCCAACGAAGACCAGCCGCCGGCCGCCACAAUGCUGACAGUGGCCACAAACGGCGACGGUGGCGGUGUCAACAGCGUCGACUGUGACGACCCAGACAGCACGGAGGAGAGCGACGUCGAGAAGCGGCGUAAGGAGUCAGCCAUGGGCAAGAUCGUGGGUACACUGCAGGUCAUCAAAGGAUGGGUGACACGAGGUGGCGAGGAACAGACCAAGAGAGCAGAUUCGUUCCUGGAGCGACUAGCCAUGGCAGGACCCCAAAUGGAAGACAGAUCUAGGGUGGGAACAGAGCUCGGAGAUGGUGGCACUGAACGGCCGGCUCGUGUUCGGGUCAUCGAACGGUCGGAUGUUUUCUAUUACCGCUGGUUGGCCAUAAUUGCGUUGGCUGUGCUUUACAAUUGGUACAUCAUUAUCGCCAGGAUGUCCUUCACGCAACUGCAACUGCAAUAUACGGCGGUAUGGCUGACGCUGGACUAUGUUUGUGACAUCGUGUACAUCUUAGACAUAGUUGUGCAGUUCAGAACGGGAUAUCUGGAACAGGGUCUUCUUGUGAGAGACCCUAAGAAGCUGCGAAAAAGCUACGUAAAAUCUUGGAUGUUUAAGUUGGAUGUCUUGUCCAUGCUUCCGUUGGAUUUACUGUACAUAGCAUUCGGGGUUAACACACCGGCUCUCCGGGUGCCACGCCUUCUCCGUGGGGCCAGAGCCUUGGAGUUCUUUGACCGUACUGAGACAGUCACCAACUUCCCCAAUAUUUUCCGGGUCAUCAAUCUCAUUCUGUACAUAUGGAUCAUCAUUCACUGGAACGCCUGCAUUUACUUCAUCAUAUCUGUGAGCAUCGGACUGGGCAGUGACAGGUGGGUGUACCCGGGGAUGGAAACACCUGUAGACCUCUCAAAUGAUACCCUCCCACACCAGUACGUCUACAGUUUAUACUGGUCCACGCUCACGCUUACUACCAUUGGGGAGACGCCGCAGCCGGUCAAGGACAUUGAGUACCUCUUCGUUGUCUUUGAUUUCCUUGUAGGAGUGCUCAUAUUCGCUACGAUUGUCGGCAAUGUUGGUACCAUGAUAAGUAACAUGAAUGCCACCAAGGCCGAGUUCCAGCACAGCAUGGACGGUGUCAAACAAUACAUGAACCUUCGUAAGGUCAGUAAAGAGCUUGAGGGUCGCGUCAUUAAAUGGUUUGACUACUUAUGGUCCAACAAGAAAACACUGGAUGAGGAAGCCAUCCUGAAUACGUUACCGGACAAACUAAGAGCCGAGAUUGCUAUUCACGUUCACCUCGAGACUCUCAAAAGGGUUGCAAUUUUCUCAGACUGUGAACCAGGCCUGUUGGUGGAGCUGGUGCUGAAGCUCAAACCUCAGGUAUUUAGUCCCGGCGACUAUAUUUGCCGCAAGGGUGACAUUGGGCGGGAAAUGUACAUCGUCAAACAGGGGAAGCUCCAAGUCGUGGGAGAGGAUGGCAAGGCCGUCUUCGCCACGCUCAGUGAGGGGAGCUAUUUCGGGGAGAUCAGUAUCCUGAACGUUCCAGGCAGCUUAUCCGGGAACCGGCGGACAGCCAAUGUCCGCAGCGUGGGUUACUCGGACCUCUUCUGCCUGUACAAGGAUGACCUUCUGGACGCCUUGAAGGAAUACCCUGAAGCGAGAACCAUCCUGGAGGAGAGAGGCCGAAUGAUCCUCAUGAAGGAUGGUCUGAUCGACGAGGAGGCAGCAAAAAGGGGCACCAAGACUACCGAGCAAGCGGAGCAGGAGGAGAAACUGGAGAGACUGGAGGCCAACCUGAACCACCUGCAGACUCGCUUCUCCAGACUGCUGGCCGAAUACAGCAACUCACAGAUGAAGCUUAAGCAGAGGAUCACCAGGUUAGAGAAGAAGAUGAAAGGGAUCAAGCGUGAGUCCGAAACAAGUGUUCUGCAACAAACUGACCCACCGCCGAGCCAGCCACGAGAGUUUUACCUUCAGUAAGCCACAGAAACUGUCGACUAGUCAUUUUAAAAUCACUUAGCGCACUUGAAGGUAGUUUUAUACCACUAUCAUUCCACGUCCUUGCAAAUGGUACAUUUUCUAAUAAAUUUUGAAAUAGCUUGGUGACAAAACGUGUCGUUUUCAAGGUAUUUUCUACAUAAUUUUUUCUUCCACCUAUUUUACCUCAGUGACCACAGAUCCAUCCCCGUCCUUACCCCAGAAUACAUUUACAUUUUAUAACUUGGGUAAACGUAUAGUUAAUGAGCUUUUCUUUGUACAACACGAACUAGUUAUCAGCAUGACUUGAAAACUAAUGGGUCAUUACGUACCCUUCAUUGGGGGAAAAUGUCCCGCGGAACCCUCCUAAUAAAUAAGUAUAAAUUGUAUUUCAAUUACGUCGGGGUUUAACUCUCCAAGAGCCGGGUUAGUUUGGCCCAUCUCACUUCCAGGGAGGGGGAGGAUUCUGUCCCCUUAAGAACUCGGCUGUGCCAGGCUCGAUUUUUUUUUUAAACUUGGCAUACAUGUAAAGACACUCCUUGUUAAUUAUAAUGUUCUUGUUGUUAUGGUCAUUGGAAGUUCAGGGCUUACAUGCGAGCCGGCCUGCGUGCAUUGAGCACCCUGUGGGGAAAAAAAUACAUUUGGGGGCUGACCCGUCUCGGAAAAAUGCGCGCGGCGCCAGAACGGUAAGUUUGAUUUUCACAAAAUUGAUGUCAAAAUGACUGCAAAGAAUUACUCUAAAACUUCUAAAAGGCUCAGCUCCUGAAAAAAAAUGCACUGCCGCGAUAUCGAAACAAAUGUCGGGGGGGGUGGAUGCGGAUCCCGCCCCAAACUAUUUUGGGGUUAAAGCAUGUGGUUGUUACAAUGAACCACUUAACAUCAGGAAAGGAAGACGACGCCAGAUUUAGAUACAAUGCAUUCAGUUUUAUACUUAACAUUAUAAUCUGUACUGUGUAACGAUGUCACGUCUGCGACGAUAACUGGGAAAAGCGCAAACACAUAUAUUUUUAUCAAAAUAUGUAUAAAUUAGUAUGAAAGUACGUGAAGAUAAGACUUCUGUAUACACAAUAUGAGGAAAAAGUCAAUAUUUUUCACCAAGAUAUCGGAUUACAGUCAUGUAUGGCGUAGAAAAGGAACACGCACGGGGAACAAUCACCCGAUGGCACUUACACCGUACAUUGUCGAGAAGGACUAAUCUUUGUAAUGAAAAUCACGCUCAGUUUACUCAAACUUUACAAGCCUCUUUAUUCACAAGUAGAUUUCAACGAUGUUCUUUGUUGCUUCUGCAGGCAGGUGUCAGCAUGAAGGACGUAACACUUUUGACAAUGUGGCAUGUUUUUGAGAACAAACCUUUUCGAUGAUCGCAAUGCAUUAUGGGGUUCGGAUGACAAGUAAGCCGUGCAUUAAUUUUUAUGCAUAAACCUAUGGGGGAAGUGAACUAGUCAGAAAUCAGUUAAGACUUUAUUCGGAAUAUUUCUUUACUAUCUGCUAAUCAAGUCACAGAAAUAUCCAUAAGAGUAUUUUCCAAACAUUUUUUUAUUUGUAAGCAGAAAGAAAAUCGUCUAUAAUUGUCUUUUUAAAUGGGCGUCAGUCACAUUAGCCUGAAAUAUGAACGUGAUUGGUCAAUGCGAGACUGCAUGGGCUUGAAAUCUAGAUUGUUAUUAGUCAAUUCUAACUCAUUAGUAUUUAUGAUCUUAGUCCACGAUAAAAACUGGUGUUCUCGAAAGAAAUUUCCCGAAUCUUUUUUCUGGUGAGCUCUACAAUUCGCGGUUUGUAAAUAUAUUUAUCCCAAAUCUACAAUGCAACACUGGAUGAAAAGGGCAUGGCUUGAAUUGGAGAAUGACUGUAAUAAAAUGAAAACAGAUCACUGUUUUGCUUGCUUGUCAUCCAAACCCACAAUGCAUUGCGAACGUCGAAAAGGUUUAUCAUCAAAUACAGCAUAUCCUGGCUUUGAAAGCCCUGUAUUUUGUUUUCAUAAAGUUCGUAUACAGCACGUGUUAUUUAGGGUAUCUGAAUUUAGCAAUGAUUUUAAUGUAUUGUGUUACCUAUUUUGCUGUCGUAUUCUGCUGUUCACGUAAGUGUGCGAGUUGUAAUGCAGCUUAAUUCAAUAACAGUACAAUUAAUAUAUCUAUGUCUUUAAUAAACUAAAUUAUUUUACAUAAUUUCACAAUCAUUCCAGAAAGGUAUAGACGUAACUGUGCUAAUUAGAUGGAAUAUAUUUGUUUGUAAGGUAUAAUGAUACAGAAAACGUUAGAUUUAAGAGGGAAGCUGAUUUGCCCGUCUCAAAAUUCUGGCAAAGUAAAUAUGGCAAAAGCUUAAACGCAAUAAACGUAAAGAGACAAGGACUGGCUCUGUAAAGUGUGAAUUUAAGCAAUGCCAAUUUCCUUGACAAGUCGAAGAAAGGAGUCGAGAUGUUGUUGCGUUGUAGAUCAGUUGAGUGCUUAUACAACAAAGUUGUUCCCCGUCACCGAUGGCCAUUACCGUAAGGGUAUGAAAAUCCCUUAGAACUUACAUCAAGUACAAGUUUUUCAACUGUGUAGAGAUUCAUCAAGUUGGCAGAUUUUUCGGCUAGGGGUGAACCAAAGACGCAUAAGCACAUUGCCGAAUAUACAGUUUGUAACAUAAUAACAGUUUGUGCGAAUUACUUAAAGCAUAAACAUGCUGUCACGGUCGAAUUUGGAAGUGGGGGCAGGGCCCCCCCAAAGGAGCUUUCCUUUUAUAAAUAAUGAGAAAAGGCAAAUUUUUUGGCCCGUUUCAUUUUCCUCCGUCAAAAAGCGUGUAAAAUGCUCCAAAGUGCAGCCUCAUUCCUCAGAAAGGUAGUAAAGGGAUGCACAAAAAAAUGCAACAUUUUUAGCGUCCCCCCCAAAAAAAAUCUGGCCCUCCCGAAAACUCGGUUGUGGAUUCGUCCUUGCAUGCAGCUAUUAUGCAUGGAAACGAGCUCUUUUAAUUCGAAAUUUGUAAUCACCUCUGUCAUUCUGCACGCACAAAACUGAUUGUUUAUCCCGAAUCGAAAAUCAACAAAUCCUAAUCGAUGCGUAAAUGAAAUACCAAAGUAGCAGUCAUCUAUCUUAAAUUGGCAUCCGGUGCCGGGGGGUAACAAUCGCUUUCAUACGGCAACCUAUUAUUAUUGUUCUUCCGUGAUUCAUUUUUUGGAGGAAUAGGAAUUAUUGCAGAGCACUGUAACAUUUAAACCAAGACUCUCUAAGUUGAACAGUAAAACAGAAUAUUUUGAAGUACAUCUGUUAAAGUUGUUUUGUCAGAUUAAAAUGUAUUGAAUACAAAUAAAACCUUGUCCGUAAAAUAUGGCGUUAGAAAGGUUAUCGCCUUGGUCAUUUGAAAUCAUUGUUGAACACUAAGUGUAGAAUGACAUGAUGGGUGAACUGUAAAUGGGCGACGAUUUAAACGCGGUAAAUAAGGUAGAGACGUCAAAGCGUCUAGUAAAAUAGCACUGGGGUCAUCCCUUGAUCGAGGA